CCCCGGUAGUUUGGUCGUUCAUGAACACUUAUUACCAAGUGCAAACUACGGUUGACAGAUAAGCCACUGUGAGCUAUAACCAAGUUUAAGGAUGACGGAAACGUAUGACAAACCGAAGACAAUCGAUCUAAGAAAGAAGCACAUCGGGCCGUCAUGCAAGGUCUUCUUCAGCCACGACCCAAUCAAAAUCGUCCGAGCCAAAGGCCAGUACAUGUAUGAUGAGAGCGGGGAGCGGUACCUGGACUGCAUCAACAACGUGGCCCAUGUGGGUCACUGUCACCCAGAUGUGGUGCGUGCCGGUGCUGAGCAGAUGGAGCUCCUCAACACUAACUCCCGCUUCCUGCAUGAUAACCUGGUCCAGUAUGCCCAGCGCCUUCAGGCCACCCUUCCAGACAAGCUCUCCGUCUGCUACUUUGUCAACUCUGGAUCUGAGGCCAACGACCUAGCCCUCCGCCUUGCCUGGCAGUACACGGGCCACAAAGACAUCAUCACCUUGGAUCACGCGUACCACGGCCAUGUCUCCUCCCUCAUCGCCAUCAGCCCGUAUAAGUUUCACCAGCUGGCGGACUUGGAACGGGACCUGUCUGUUCACGUGGCUCCCAGUCCUGAUAUCUACAGAGGGAAGUACCGUGAGGAUCACCCUGACCCAGCCACAGCGUAUGCGGAUGAGGUCCUCAACAUCAUCCAGAGAGCCCACGGCAAGGGCCGCAAGAUUGCUGCUUUUAUUGCCGAGUCGCUACAGAGUUGUGGAGGGCAGGUGAUUCCUCCGCCGGGCUACUUCCAGAAAGUGGCAGAGCAUGUGCGGCGGGCGGGCGGCGUCUUCAUCGCCGACGAGGUACAGGUGGGCUUCGGCCGCGUGGGCUCCCACUUCUGGGCCUUCCAGCUGCAGGGCGAGGACUUCACGCCUGACAUCGUCACCAUGGGCAAGCCCAUCGGGAACGGACACCCCUUGUCCUGCGUGGUCACCACCCGCGAGAUCGCCGAGGCCUUCAUGUCCUCCGGGAUGGAGUACUUCAACACGUUCGGGGGCAAUCCGGUCUCCUGCGCCAUCGGGCUGGCCGUCCUGGACGUCAUUGAGAAGGAAGAUCUCCAAGGCAACGCAGCACGCGUGGGGAACUACCUGAAUCGGCUCCUGGCACAGCUGAAGGAGACACACCCCCUGGUUGGGGACAUCAGGGGCGUUGGCCUGUUUGUCGGGGUGGAACUGGUGAGAGACAGAGCAAAGCGGACACCAGCCACGGCUGAAGCCCAGGAAGUCAUUUACAAACUGAAAGAGCAGCACAUCCUCCUCAGUGCGGAUGGGCCCCACAGGAAUGUUCUGAAGUUCAAGCCGCCAAUGUGCUUCUCCGAGGAGGACGCCAAGUUCGCCGUGGACAAGAUCGACGAGAUCCUCACAGUGAUCGAGAAAGCGACAGGCCUUGCUAUGCUCGCCAAGGCUGGUUCUGGGAAUGGGGCCUGCAAACGAACAAUGAACUGUGAGGAGAACGGACAUCACCUCUUGAACGGAAAGGAGCAUGUCAGUGAAUCCUAUGGUCAAGGAGACCUCACGGGGGGCAGGCCACAGGUUAUUGGCCACUGCGCCACUCCCACGCUGUUCUCGCAGGACAAUUGGCCAGGCAGCUGCGGUCACGCUGCGGUCAGCACAGGAGAUCGCUGGGCGAAGGAAACAAACAGCUGCCCAGGCGGCCUGGAGAGAAAGCCAAUGAGGGAGUAG